CUGAAGGAGACGAGGAGGUCGAUGGAGGAGAUGAAGAUGUCUGUGGUAAGAGAGGUGGAAGAAAAUGAAAAGAGCUUUACUGCUCUGAUACGGUGCAUUGAGGAAGCCCACAGGAAACUGACUGAGAGGAUCAGAGAACAAGAAAAGAGAGAAACGGAGAAGGCUAAAGGAGUUAUGGAGCAACUGGAGAAGGAGAUUGAGGAGCUGAAGAGGAGAGAAGCUGAGCUGAAGGAGCUUUCAGAGAUCAAGGACCAUCUCCACUUUCUGAAGAAUUUCUCAUCUCGCUGUGUCCUUCCUGCUGAUGGAGACUCGCUGAGCUUCACUGUCACUGCUGAUUUCUCUUCUUGGGACCUGAGAAAGGAGCUGUCAGGUCUGGCAAAGAGUCUGGAGAAGAUCAGCAAAGGGGACAUCAUGACAAGGACUCUAUCAGCACAUGAAGCUCCAGUUUUCGCCCUCCAGCCUCCUGAACCUCAGAGCAGAGACGACUUUUUAAAAUACUUCUAUCCCCUCACUCUGGACAUCAACACGGCACACAGAACCCUCCGUCUGUCUGAUGGGAACAAGAAGGUGACGUGGGAGAGGACAAAAGCUGAGUAUCCUUAUCAUUCUGAUAGAUUUGACUCCUGUUUCCAAGUUCUGUGCAGAGAAGCUGUGACUGGCACUCACUGUUACUGGGAGGUGGAUUGCAGUGGAGGUUAUGUGAGGAUUGGAGUCGCAUAUAAAGGACUGAGAAGGAAAGGAGGGGUCUGGAAGUGCGGCCUUGGAUACAACGACAAGUCCUGGUGUUUGCAUUGUUUUCAUUCCCAGUACUCUGUGAGUCACAAUAACAAGGAGACUGCAAUCAGCGCCCCCUACAGCCCCAGAAUAGGUGUGUAUCUGGACUGGCCUGCUGGCUCUCUGUCGUUUUAUAGCGUCUCACACACAAUGACCCUCCUGCACAGGUUCAACACCUCCUUCACUGAGCCUAUCUAUCCAGGGUUUUGGCUUAAUCCUCACUCCAGUGUAACAAUCAGCCAUCUGACACCAUGUGACCACUGACCAGUACCCUCCACUGGUUACUUGAGUUCCCGACAAGCUCAGGUGUCUUUGUGUUUGCAGUUUGGGGUCAAAAUUAAUUUUGUACUAUAGGUAGGGGGCAGCACCUCUGUGAGUGAAUUUGUGGAUGAGAA